AUGUAUCAGGUCUUAUUUCUGAUCCUAAAACUUUUUUCUUUUGUAGCUUCUGCAGAAAAGGAGGCGAUCAAGAGUACAUACUCCAAAGUGCUGGAUGCAUAUGGACUCCUCGGUGUUUUACGCCUCAACCUGGGUGACACCACGCUACAUUAUCUGGUCCUCGUCACCGGGUGCAUGUCUGUGGGGAAAAUUCAAGAAUCUGAAGUGUUCCGAGUGACUUCCACGGAGUUUAUAUCCCUGCGAGCCGACUCCUCCGAUGAGGAUCGCAUUUCCGAAGUGCGCAAGGUGCUGAACUCGGGGAACUUCUAUUUCGCGUGGUCGGCCUCGGGGGUCAGCUUGGACCUGAGCCUUAACGCCCACCGCCGCAUGCAGGAGCACACGACCGACAACAGGUUCUUCUGGAACCAGUCUUUGCACCUGCACCUGCAGCACUACGGCGUGAGCUGUGACGACUGGCUGCUGCGCCUCAUGUGCGGGGGCGUCGAGGUCAGGACCAUCUACGCGGCCCACAAGCAGGCCAAGGCCUGCCUCAUCUCCAGGCUGAGCUGCGAGCGCGCCGGGACCAGGUUCAAUGUCCGCGGCACCAACGACGAUGGCCACGUCGCCAAUUUUGUAGAAACGGAGCAGGUCGUGUACUUAGAUGACUCCGUUUCUUCCUUCAUCCAAAUCCGGGGCUCGGUUCCGUUGUUCUGGGAGCAGCCAGGCUUGCAGGUGGGCUCGCACCGUGUCCGGAUGUCCAGGGGCUUCGAAGCCAAUGCGCCCGCCUUUGACAGGCAUUUUAGAACACUUAAGAGUCUGUAUGGCAAACAAAUAGUAAUAAACCUGCUUGGAUCUAAGGAAGGUGAACAUAUGCUCAGUAAGGCCUUCCAGAGCCACCUGAAGGCUUCGGAGCACGCGGCCGACGUGCAGAUGGUGAGCUUCGACUACCACCAGCUGGUGAAGGGGGGCAAGGCCGAUAAGCUGCACAGCGUCCUCCGGCCUCAGGUCCAGAGGUUCCUCGAUUACGGCUUUUUUCAUUUCGACGGAAGUGAUGUUCGAAGGUGCCAGAGUGGGACCGUCCGCACCAACUGCUUGGACUGCCUGGACAGGACGAACAGCGUGCAGGCCUUCCUGGGCCUGGAGAUGCUGGCGAAACAGCUGGAAGCCCUCGGCUUGGCUGAGAAGCCCCAGUUGGUGACUCGCUUUCAGGAGGUUUUCCGCUCCAUGUGGUCGGUGAACGGUGACUCCAUCAGUAAGAUCUACGCCGGGACCGGGGCUCUGGAAGGAAAGGCCAAGGCUGGGAAGCUAAAAGAUGGUGCUCGCUCUGUCACUAGAACGAUUCAGAAUAACUUCUUUGACAGCUCCAAGCAAGAGGCCAUUGACGUUUUGCUCCUGGGAAACACUCUAAAUAGUGAUUUAGCUGACAAAGCGCGAGCACUUUUAACCACUGGAAGUUUGCGUGUCUCUGAGCAGACGCUGCAGUCAGCCUCUUCGAAAGUUCUGAAGAGCAUGUGCGAGAGUUUCUACAAGUUUUCAAAGCCCAAGAAGAUCCGCGUGUGUGUGGGCACCUGGAAUGUGAACGGCGGGAAGCAGUUCCGCAGCAUAGCUUUUAAGAACCAGACCCUCACCGACUGGCUUCUUGAUGCCCCCAGGCUGGCGGGCAUCCAGGAGUUUCAAGAGAGAAGAAGUAAGCCGACAGACAUAUUUGCGAUCGGGUUUGAGGAGAUGGUGGAGCUGAAUGCGGGCAACAUUGUGAAUGCGAGCACCACGAACCAGAAGCUCUGGGCCGUGGAGCUCCAGAAGACCCUCUCCCGGGACAACAAGUACGUGCUGCUGGCCUCCGAGCAGCUGGUGGGCGUCUGCCUGUUCGUCUUCAUCCGCCCGCAGCACGCGCCCUUCAUCAGGGAUGUCGCCGUGGACACUGUGAAGACGGGAAUGGGAGGCGCCACUGGCAACAAGGGAGCGGUGGCCAUCCGCCUGCUGUUCCACACGACCAGCCUCUGCUUCGUCUGCAGCCACUUCGCCGCAGGGCAGUCCCAGGUCAAGGAGCGGAAUGAGGACUUCGCGGAGAUCGUGCGGAAGCUGAGCUUCCCUAUG